AUGAGUUUGUACACAACCAAAAUCGAAUCUGCCCAAAAUGACCCUUCAUUGUUGAUGAACCACACCUGCUACAGAAUUAAGGACCCUGUCAGAAGUAUUGAGUUUUAUGAGAAGAAGUUGAACAUGAAGUUGUAUAUGAAGAAGGAUUUCCCAGACAUGAAAUUCAGUUUGUACUUUUUGAAAUUCCCAGGAGAAGUAGAAGCUUCUGUCUCUGGCGAUAACAUAUUUGGCUAUAGUGGUGUUUUAGAAUUGACCCACAACUGGGGUACUGAAGAUGAUCCAGACUACAAAGUCAACAACGGCAAUGUUGAACCACAUCGUGGUUUUGGCCACACAUGUAUCUCUGUUUACGAUAUCGAGAAAUACUGUUCUGAGUUAGAAGCCAAGAACGUUGUUUUUAAGAAGAAACUAGAAGAAGGUAGACAGCACAAUAUUGCCUUCAUUUUAGACCCUGAUGGAUACUGGAUUGAACUUCUAGCAUACCAAAGUCCACAAAAUCUUGGUCCAAAGUUGAACCAUACCAUGUACCGCAUCAAAGACCCAAAGCAAUCUGUUGAUUUUUACACUAACGUUUUAGGUAUGAAAUUAAUUAGAACUUUCGACGUUCCAACUGCUAAGUUUACAAAUUACUUCUUCAGUUACAAGGAAACUGAAGGAGAGGGAUGGAGAACCACCGAAGGUGUUGUCGAAUUAUGUCACAACUAUGGAACUGAAGAUGAUCCAGACUUCCAUUAUCACACUGGCAACGCUGAACCACAAGGCUAUGGUCAUAUUUGUGUAGUGAUGGAUAAGCCAGAAGUUUUCUGUCAAGAAAUUGAAAACAAAUAUGGUGAUGCGAUCCAAUGGGCUCCAAAGUUCAAUCAAGGUAAAAUGAAGAACAUUGCUUUCCUAAAGGAUCCAGACGGGUACUCCAUUGAAGUCGUUUUAAGAAACAUUAAAUUAUAA